CAUAUAAUGCCAACUACGACAUGUAUAUAACUGAAGCACAUCCCAGCGUGGGAUAUACCUUUCCCUUGCUCAGAAGGGACCGUUCAGAAGACAUCUGUGUUUGUGAUUUUUGUCAUUAACAACUGAUUGUAUAAGACGAUGAAUCUUCGUACACGAGGGAACACAAAUUGGAAGCGCAUACACGAAGGAUCACCAAUACAAUCUUCUCCCCGAUUGCGAUCAAGAUCAGCUCUACCUGGACUGUUUCAAGUUGAACGUUUGAUCACUCGUCGUAGACUCAAAGAGGGUACAGAAUAUCUUGUCAAGUGGCAGGGGUAUCCUAUUGAGCAGUCGACCUGGGAACCGGAUCAGCACAUUCCAGCCAGCAUCCGACGCUCGUACGACCAACCCGAGAUCUCAGAUUGUCAACGAGAGACCUUUUCCCGUGACGCUAGGCAGUCGUUUCAGUCAAGACUGAAGACUCGGGGCCUAAAGUUUUCAGUCCCCUGUCAUUUAAACGUGUUUAGGGCCUUAUUAAGGACUGACAGAGAAACUCUUCUUGGUAGAGAAGAGCUAGAACAUCUGUGUCUCCCACCCUACUGGUGGUAUAACAUUGACAAACACGGCGAAGGCACAUGUGUUGAGUUUCCGGUCAGGGCCAAACCCUGCCUGAGACAAAGGACCAAGUACACCGUGCAUGACGGCCGAGUCGCCAAGAUAAGCAUCCCUGUGGAGACAGUUGUGUUUCAGGCUCGCACACGAGCUUGCACCUUGGACAUGAUCCAUAGUUAAACAAUAAUCAUUCUGAUAUAU